AUCAAAUUAAAAGAACCAGGCUAAAUCCCUGACAGAGAUGAAAAUUAAAUCAGAGAAAAUUGAAGGCCCUUUAAGAAGCGGGUGGUAACCUCACUGGAGAAAAACUGCAAAGUUAGUGUAACAGCAGGAACAUGAAGCCAUCACUCUUGGUGUUUAUUGUGUAUCUGCUAUGGUUGGAAGGACGUCACUGCGCACCUACUUGGAAGGACAAAGCCGGUAUCCAUGGAAACCUGAAGGGUUUUCCUGAGGCUGGAGACAUAGAUGGAGAUGAAGAAGUGAAGAAGGCUUUGAUUGGCAUGAAGCAGAUGAAAAUCAUGAUGGAAAGAAGAGAGGAGGAACAUACCAAUCUAAUGAAAACCCUGAAGAAAUGCAAAGAAGAAAAGCAGGAAGCCCUGAAACUCAUGAAUGAAGUUCAGGAACAUCUGGAAGAAGAACAAAGUCUAUGCCAGGUGUCUUUGACAGAUUCCUGGGACGAAUGCAAGUCUUGCCUGGAGAGUAACUGCAUGAGAUUUUACACAACCUGCCAAUCUAGCUGGUCCUCUAUGAAAAAUACGGUCGAACAGUUUUUCAGGAAGAUGUAUCAAUACUUGUUUCCUUUCCAUGAAGAUCAUCAAAAAGAUCUCCCUGUCAGUGAAAAAUUCAUUGAGGAGGACGCACAAGUGGCCCAAAUAGAGAAUGUAUUCAGCCAGCUGACCGUGGAUGUGAGAUUUCUCUUUAACAGGAGUCUUAACGUCUUCAAACAGAUGCAGCAAGAAUUUGACCAGGCUUUUCAAUCAUAUUUCAUGUCAGAUACAAACUCCACGCAGCCUAGCUUUCUUCCGGUUUUAUCCAAAGAACCAGAGAAAAAAAUGGAUCCUGUGCAAAGUUGGGACAUUCCCAGCUUCUUCCAGCUGUUUUGUAAUUUCAGUCUCUCUGUUUAUCACAGUAUCAGCACGGCAGUCACCGAGACGCUGAAUGCAAUAGCAGAUUUACCAAAGCAAGACAAAGACUCUAACCAUGGAAGCCUGAGUUCAGAGAUGUUGCCUGUGCAGAACAGGGGACCGUGUGCAGAACUUGGCCAAAAUUUAUCAGAAUGUUUCCAGUUUCAUGCAAGAUGCCAAAAAUGUCAGGAUUACCUGUGGGAAGACUGUCCCGAUGUACCUGAACUGCACACAAAAGUAGAUGAGGCCCUCAGAUUGGUCAACGUGUCCCAUGAGCAAUAUGCCCAGAUUCUCCAGAUGACCCAGCAUCACCUGGAGGACACCACAUAUCUGAUGGAGAAGAUGAGAGAGGAAUUUGGCUGGGUGACUGAACUGGCAAACCAGACCCCAGGAACUGAGAGCACCUUCAACUCCAUAAAGGUGGUUCCAGAUGUUCAUGAAGGGAAUUUUCCCAAACAAGAUGAAACAAUGAUAGACUUGAGCAUUCUGCCUUCUCCCAAUUUCACACUCAAGAUCCCUCCUGAAGACAGUGAUGACAGUUCUAACUUCAUUAGCUACGUGCUGGCGAAAGCUGUGCAGCAUUUUAAGAAACACUUUUAAAAUUGGUAAGAAGACCUAACUCAUCGUACACCUGGCAAGUAGAAUUACCUCUUCAGGUACCUCUGAGACCUGAAAAUCCCAAAUGUAUAAAACAAUGUAAUAAAUGUAAUAUCAGGAAAACAUGUCAGUUUUAUAUUAUGAAGUACUAUUAAUUUUACGUUGAAUGACAGAUUAAUAGCUAUUCAAAUUGACUUAAAGUAGAAUACCUUUUUUAAAAAAUCGCAUGUACAUAUUACUAAAUUCUAUGGUACAUUAGUAGUUCCUUGUAUAUUAAAUAAAUAUUAAAUUGCCAAGA